AUGGCCUACCGUCCGUUCCGCGAAGUGACCGUGGGCAAAUGCCAGGUGCAGACGGCGACAGCACGCUUUGGUCCAGACGUGAUCGACGUCGUACGAGAACGAGACAGUGACUUCCACCAGUCUUCGAACGGCACCGUCCAGCAUGACCUCACGAACGGCGUACCAACAGGCCAGUUCUACACGGGCGGUCCGCCUGCCAGCGUCAAUGGCGAACCUGUCUCUCCUGAGAGGAGAGUGCCGCGGAUGCCCUACUACCGCAACAACCUAACAGCCUUGUCGCAAAAAUACAACCUCUACUUUGUCGCCUACGAGAACCGCCUCUUCGUCUACCGCCCUCGUGAUGUGCCACGGCAGACGAUCCCCGAAGAUGCCGACCUCAUCCUCGCGACAGGUCCCGACCGAAUGUCCGAGUACGUGGGCGGCACCAUGGACCGCCGCUUCUCUCACCAGGCCAAUGCCAUCACAACGGGAUUCCUCGGUCACCAGGAGAUUGUCCUCCUCGUGUUUGACGACGGGUCGGUUAUCGCAUAUUAUACCAAACACAUUGCCGAAUACGUCCUCCAUGUUCGACCACCUGGCGCCGCUGCCAGCGCGGCCAAGGCGGCCCCGAUCCCGUUGCCUUUCUUUCGCGAAAACGUCGGCUCCUCGGCCUGGGGCGUCGCUGUCCACCAAGAAUCUCGGCUCAUAGCCGUCAGCUCCAACCGACGCGAGGUGACCGUGUUUGCCUUUGGUCUUUCGAAGCAGCCGGGGGGAGCCAAGAAAGGACACAAGCACGACUUUCCCGUCGCGCUGGUGGCGGGCCGCAAGCGCAACUGGCGCAUCGUCCUGCUUCUGGGGGAGGAGGGACACAACAUCCCCAACGUUUCUUUCUGGGACGACAAACACGGGCUCGCCGAGAAGGUGUGCGCGGUAGACAUCUACGGCAACACCUGGAUUCUCGACAUCUGGAAGCCAUGCACUGCUCCGUAUCGGAUCGCACAUAGCGAUCAGGGCAGUGCGAACAUGAUCAGAGUGCCACAGGGCGGCUGGGGUGUCAUGGUCGUACCUCUCACAGGUGCAAUGCGCGCGACGACAUCGAGUGAUGCGUUCGGCACCAAAAAGCCUACGACUGUCGAAUACGAGAUCCGGACGGCACCGGGCUUUGCGCAUACGAGCGUGAUAGACAUAUCAGAGAGCCUCAAUCAUGUCCGCGAUAGCCCGAUUCAUGGGCUGCAGCUUCCUGCUACGCUUCUGAACAUGAACCCUCCAAACCAGUUGAUAGCGGCCAUCUUUGGUCAGGGAGUCGGCCUUGGUCUGGAUGACACAUCCCAGGGAACGGAUCGGUUCCUCGCCAAGAACUCCGCGUCGACUGGGUACUGCCGACGCAGACGGACGAGGACGCCGGACGCAGGCUCGCGAGGGCCGCUUUACGGCAUCGCCGUCGGGCCUGUGCAGGAGGGUGGCGCGGAGGGUAUGCUGCUGGCGCGGCCAGACGGCAAGACCACGGCCGGGCCGGGGUCGACACGAUAUAGACUCAUGCUGCACUACAGAGACCACACCAUUCUAUCGUACGAGCUCAGCCGGAACGACGAUUAUAGGCUCGAGAUCGUUUGA